AUGCCAAUCCGUAACGUCUGUGUCUAUGACAUCAUGGGACCAGUUAUUGCCAAGUGCCCUAUUUGCAAAGAUGACAUCCGAAGUCGUGAUGAUAUCGUUGAUGACACAUGGACUGUUCCUGCAGUAACGGCUCAAAGCAAUGCUGGAGGAGAGAUGCUCUGUACGAACUGUGAUGAUAAUGUCCCUGCAUCACACUUCUGUGUAGAUUGCCAAGGUGGCUUGUGUGAGCCAUGCGUUGGGCUCCAUCGGAAGGUGAGGAUCUUGAAAGACCACAUCAUCCAGCCAAGGUCAGAGGAGAACAUGGCCCCUCGUGAAAAUCCUCGCAUCCAGCCUCCCUUCUGUAGCAUUCAUCCAAAAGAAAGACUUCAGCUCUACUGUGAAAAGUGCUUCCGUCUAACAUGUCGAGAUUGCCAACUGGUUUCCCAUAAAGAACACCCGUACCAGUUUCUGACCGAAGCAGCAGCUGGUCAACGGCUGAAGCUGAGACGUGCCAUCCAGGAAUUACAGGAGAAGCGUAAGAAUGCCAAAAUGUGGAAGAGUACUAUACAGAUCAUCUUCAAGAAGAUGAAAGACCAGGAAGCAGCCGUACUGGGAAGGAUAGAUGAUGUCUUCACUAGGAUCAGAACUGUUCUAGAUAACCAAGCAACGGCCUUGAAGAAUAAGAUUCAGAAUGAUACAGAAUUGAAAUGCAGAGCAUUAAAACAACAGCUUGUAGAGGUGGGUACGGUAGAUUCAGCUUUGAGUCAGUGCCAUCGGGUCAUCCAUGGCAUCAUUACCAGUGAUAAUGAUGUAGCAGCCUUGCAGCAGAAUCGGCUGGUUAGGAAUCGGGUAGACCUUGUGCUACGGACCCUACUGACCCGACAGCCUGUGACAGAACUGGCCCUGCAGUUCAAACCAACAAACAUUCCAAGUAUGGAUGCCUUCAAGCGGAUUGGAGCUAUAGAGGGCAUAGAAACCAAAGUGGUCCUCGGAUCUCAGAACCAACAGCAGAUGAGACAGAACCAAGGGUUCCCUCAUAACAUGCAGCAAGGCAUGGCAAUGAACAGAGCUGCGUUGGCGCAACAGCAAGCACAACAGCAGGCACAGCAGCAGGCUCAAAUGCAACAGCAGCAGCAAAUGCAGCAACAAGCUAUAAAUCAUUCGCCAUUUGGAGCAAGGCCGAUGGGGGAUCUUACCCGGGUCAACCGAACUACAGUCCGUGCUCCUCUGGUACAUGUCCCACGCUCACAUCAAGCUCAGCAACCACAAACAGUGAGACCAGUCAUGCAGACCAAUAUCUUGCCAGUGUUGACCAACCAGCAAAACAACCAGCUUCCCCAUGGGCUUCCCACUGCCCUACAGCCUGUCAUGAACACAGGCCCUCCGAACGUAACCGUCAGCAGCGCGAUGACAUUUGGAGACCUCACCACGGCUCAAAUGAUGCUAUUUAAUAAAGCAAAACAAAUGAACUCUCAACAGGGUGUUCCUUCCAGAUCCCCUCAACUAUCAACCACAUCACCCUCUUCUGUCAGCCCGGGAGUUGCCACGUCUGUACGGAGUACCAACUCUGCUUCCCCAUCAUCCGUGAUCGCACCCGCUGACGACAAUUCAGGUCCGAGGAUUGUCAGCGUCAAGAGUGAAAGGAGACUUUCAAAGAGUGAUUCCGAACGACCAAGCUGCCGCUUCCAGAAUGGUCUCCAGGAUAACCAACCUUCUUCAUCAGGUCUUGAGAUGCAGGGAAGUGAUAAAACAAGUCCCGCACUUGAUGUCCAUUCUGGUGGAGAGCCUAGUAUACCAGAUCAGCAGAUGGGCAAGACCCCACCACUCUCCUGCUCAUCCAAAAGUCCUGCUGCAGCGGAAGACAUCCUUGGCAUUGACCUUCCCGUCCCGAUGAACGCUGCAGACAUCAUCGGAGACAUCAUGGACGAGGUAGCAAACAUAGAGGCAAUGGAGAGAGAAGAGUCUGCAGACAAGUCAGAUACCGCUGCUUCCAAUGAGAAUGCAAUGGAGGAGGCAUCUGGAUCAGGAGCCGAGGGCAGUGGAGAUAACCCAGGAUCCGUUGCUGAUGCUGCAGUAAUCGUUGAAGAAGCUCCUGGAGAUGCAGGAUCUGUAGUAACCAAAGCUCCAGGAAGUGAAGAUAGUGACAAAGAAAAGGACAGGCAAAGUGGAAUACAAAUCUUUCUAAAUGAGAUGGAUGACAUCAUGCAUGAAGCGACAAAGGAAAGCAUAGUAGCUUUCUGGAAAGGUGACGUCAGUUGGGAGGAGCGUGAUGACCAUGGUAAGCCCAAGAGACAGGUUGUUGUCGGGAGUCUGUUCAGAAUGACAAGUAAGAGAUACAGUCGAGAAGGAUGGCCCAGCAAACUACACAUCAAAAUGAUGAAUUCUGGAAUGCUGAAACCUUUGAUUGAACUCAUGCGAGAUCAUCAACUCUUCUUCCUUAAAUGUGAUCCAGAAUGUAAAGAACUAUACCGAAAAUUGGUUGCUAUCUUCAAGAACAAAGACGUGUUUGGUGCUAUUAGGUUGUAUUCCAAGCCAGAAAUCAUUCUCUUACUCUUCUACUCUCACAAACAUCAAAAGUUCUACAUCGUUUGCCCCCAACAGAGGGAGCAAUUCUCUAUCGGCUUCGUCAAAACCAUGAACAAGUAUUUCAAGAGAGAGAAACCAAACCAAGAUUCUUCCACUGCAAGUACAACAGAUGUUGACCCCGUCACAGGCGAAACAGCGCCCUCGUCUGGAGAGAAACGACCAAACGACGAGGUAGCUCAGGGUACUAGCGAGCCGGAAGUAGAGGAGGAGAGCAUGGAACCUAUACCGUCAUGGAAACAAGGUUAUAAGCUACGUAACGGUAUGCAGUGCUCGCGAUCGGAUGACCCCAACGAUGAUUGGUGUGCUGUAUGUAAUAAUGGUGGUAAUCUGAUCUGCUGCGAUCGUUGUCCACGUGUAUACCAUCCUGACUGCCAUGUUCCAGUGAUAAAUGAAGUCCCAGAGGGUCCUUUCAACUGCAUUUUGUGUUUUGAUGUCGUAGCAGAUGAGGAUGAGGAAAGCAAUGAUGAAAAUGCUGAAAAGUUAGAAGGAUUUACAGCAAGAGAAUACAAGCUAUGUCAGAGGUUACUAAUUGAGAUGUACUGUCUGGAGGACUCCCAACCGUUCUUAGAACCUGUUGGACCAGAGGUACUUGGCUACCAUGAGCUGAUUGCAAUACCAAUGGAUUUAUCAACCAUAAAGAACAAACUCAGUCUAACUUCAGAUGAUAAAUACACCUCACCAAGACAGAUGGUUGAAGACCUUAGAGUCAUGUUCACCAAUUGCUAUCAGUAUAAUGGGGAGACGUCAGACUUGGGCAAGAUAGCCCAGCAUCUACAACGCUACGCUUCCCGCUUCAUGAAGCGAUACCUCUCGGACUACAUGGACUCCAACUUUGUACCCAACAACCAGGAUCGGCCGACCAAACGAAGAAAACAGGAACAUCCCACACCAGUAUUUCAUAUCAGAUAAAUGCUUCCAACAAGGUUGUAAUGAUGAUGUCAUCAAGCACCUUGUAUCUACCCAGCAGAGUCUUCAAAGCACUGGUUGUAACCCUGGCUGUAGUCCAACAGUCGUUCCCGUGCUAACGCAUUUUGAAGGAUGAGUAUCCCUGCCAAGUACCCAUCUGCCUAAGCAUUUGCCAAACCUUGGUCUAGUGCAGGAGAAUUGUGGAUGAUGUCUGCCUCACGAUGGUGUUGGACGUUGGACCUGCUGAUGAUGCAAGGGUUACUGUAUAGGAAUGAUGUUAGGCAAUGAAAAGUGGAGUGCGAGUCUGCGGACAUCAAGAGCUAAUUCUUUGCUCCAGGAAUUCCCUUUCCCCAUUGGAUUAGUGCAGGACAGUUACCUGUAGUAGGUUGAGAUGUGGAUUCAUCAGUUGUGCAUUCCUGUGUGUCGUGAGUCGUUGAAAUAAAGGAAGCAUGAAAUAUAUUGGUGUAGACGGUCAAAUGUGGUGGUGGUGUUGACUAUGUUAGGCUACUGAAGACAAAUGAAUCAAAGCUUGAAAGAUGAUCAUGUAAGACCCCACACUGAGCACAGCGCAUUGCAUCUUUGGUAGCUUGUAAAAGAAUGGUUAGAAUCUGGACUCGUGCUGUUUGCCCAUCAGGAUCAAUGAGGACCAUCUAAUCAUCCUGGGGGGAGCAUGGGAUAGUCUGUAUGGUUACUCAGAUGACUGGUAAUAAUGUAUAUGAUUUAUGAUGUGCCAGAUCCACUCUGUAGAGGUCUCAAGGUGUAGUAGGUUUCACGGUACACCAUGUAUCUUUCUUGGGCAAGUGUUGGUUCUGAAAAGGACCACCCAAUCUCGACGUUUCGACAAGUGUGCUCUUGUCGUCUUCAGGAGAAUGAGCAAAGUUUGUGAAAGCAAGGCACGAGGCAAUCUAAGCCAACAGGUUCUGUAUUGACCAGGGGCUAAUCUCAAACUGUCAAGGAGGACGGUGGAGGAGCAUGGGUUGUUCUCUGUGUUAGUAGAUGACUGAUCAGGUCAAGCCACACCUAGUAGGUCCUGAUGCAGCAUGGACUAGGGAUGGUGACAGCUGUCAAGGACUUGCUGGCAAUGCUUUCCCUGGUCUGUCUGUGUUACGCUGCAUCUGCUGCAUAGGCAAGGAAGCAUACACACCUCCUUCAAAGGAGGUAUUGUCACAUCCAACCUGUCAAACUAGAAAAAACCAUCAUCGACUGUAACAAUAUUAUUCCGUAUUAUUCUCUUUUUAUCAGGUGGUUUUACAGAUUACCCAGUCAUCUGAUCUUGGCUUGCCCCAUGAAUUGUGCUUCAUGUGCUUCUGGGCAGAUGUUUCACAAUACUUAAAAAAAAAGUUGCCUGUGAAACAUCUAAUGGACACAAAUACACAAAAAAAUACUGCAAAGUCCCUUGUAACACUACCAAGAAUUAAAAACAUCUUUUGCUUCUUGUAUCUUGGAAACUGGGUUACUUGUUUGUAUUAAGUCCAGCAAUCUCGGUGCAACAGUGAGUUAAAAUAAAACCUUCCAAUUGUACUUUACACUACAUCCUAAUGUUUAGAGCAUUGCUUGUAAGAUGAGAAACGCAGCAAAAUAAGUUUCCUCAAGCGUACAAGAGAUCUAUUUAACACUGACUUUAAUCUUUUGUUCUAGCAUCAUAUGUUUGUAUGCUGAUAGGGCAUGUGUUACUGGUUCACUGACAUGUAACAUUAAAGCAUGAUGUUUAACUCUGUUUCAAACUGUUGUUUAAAAUCAUGGGCUUACUAGGGAUAAAAGGACACAAUCUUAUAAAAUCAAAAAGUUUUAUACAUUUAUAUCACUCUUUUACAAUUUAUUAUAACUGAGUAUCAUAACAGACAUUAUUUUCACCAAAAAAGAAGUCUGUUAAAAUAUGACAAAUACAGUAUAAUGGAAGGCUUUUACAUUUUGGGGGCUUUCAAUAAUUCCAGCUUAGACAUAUCACAUAUGGGGCUUACCAUAUUCAAACCACAUAUUUAGAUUAUGUACACCUUUUCUUAAUCAACUCAGCAAAAAAAAGGAGAAAUUUCCUAUGCCGAGGGGGUAUUUUCCCACUAUUUAUGUUCAUUUAAAACCACAUUUUGUACUGAAACCUAUAGCAAUAUAAGGGAACUAUUUUGCGAGUUAUGGGCAUGAAUGGCAUAUUGUCUCGGUAUCUUUUUGUCUAGGGCUUAUAAGUCUGUGGUAUUGCUUGAAAGAAUAGUCUACAGAGCACUAUAGAAAGGAAUUGUGAGGGUAAUUGGUAGUUAAUACUGAUGUAACUUGUGUAUAUUUUGUUGGUGCUGUUUUAACUUGUACAUUUCUAGAUUUCCAUGCGUAUGCAGUCAAACAAGCUUCUUAAUUGAAAACAAAAUGUUUAGAUCAUGCCGGGCAUUUGAAUAUGACUGAGAUGUAUUUCAUGUGUUGUAAAUAUUUAUCUUGCUGCAUUGGAUGGUAUGAGUGACUUUUCUGGGAGGUUAACUAAUAACUUGUUUAAUUUUUAUGUUUGUGGCAUAUGAUUAUACUCAGAUGGAUAGAUACAGAACCAGGAAUAUAUAUUUUCUAAUUAAGGAGAGAAGUUUAACUGUCAUGGUCCAGUGGAUAAGUAUCAAGACUUUGAACCACAAGGUGCCAGGUUCAAAUCCCUGCCACGGUAUUGAUGUCUUUUGACAAGACACUAAUCUUCGUUUGCCACAUGUGAGGUUAAUUGGUAGCUGGCAUGAAUUAGUAGCUGGCAUGAAUUAAAUCCUUGAAAUAUUUGUGCACUGUAAAAGGCUGCCAGGACCACAAUAUCCAAGACCCUUUGGAAAUGUAUAGAGAUUUAAGAUGGUAAAUGUGAUAUGCACUAUACAAGUACCAGACUAUUAUUAUUAUCAUUAAGAUACAAGUUAGUUUGUGGCUAGCUAUGAUGCUAUGCACUUAUUCAAAAUCCCAACUCUUUCAUAAGACGUACAAAAUUAUAAAGAUAUUAAUGUUUUUUUUCAAUAAGAAAUUGCCAAUUGUGUUUUAUACAAAAUAAUGAUCAUAUCAAACUGCACUCUGUGUUGCUGAUUUGAAGACUUUACUGAUUUCUAAUCCAUCUCCUCCACCGAUCUACAUUUUUUAAAGGAAUUCUUGGCACAUAAAUUUUCAACGUCACCUAUAAUGUAUGGUUCAGGUCUGUUUAAUAUUUUAUUUUUGAUAUUUGUAUAGAUUUCAUUUCUCUCCCUUUUUUUUAAGAAGAAAGUAUUUAAGCAAUUGUAAUACAUCUGAAAUAGGAAUAUGUUAUUAUUUAUGAUCUUGUGACAUUUGGCCUGUAAAAUUUGCAUUAUUGUCACUGGGCUACAAACUCUGGUCCAUUCAAACUAACCAAGGUAGAUUUGAAUCUGUUGUAUGAAAGCAUGUUUUAUGCAGAUUAGAUGGGCUUUUAUCAAAGGAUGCGUUCAAGCUAAAACUCCCUAUCAUGAGUUCACCUUCAAAUAGUCGGAAUUGGAUAUGGCUCUUAAUAAUGCCACUCGGCAAUUACAGUUGCGUUUAUGAAUUCAGAAAUAAUCUGCAUUAUCUCUGACUAGUGCAUGAAGGAAACAGUGCACUUUAUUGUCUUUGCUAAGUCAGUCAGUGCAGUGUCUGGGAACAAAGACCUUUUGACCACAGAAUAAGGUGCAUUAUUUGAGAAUCUCGUUCAUGAAUUUAAAAAUUAGGUUGGAUGCGGAUCGACUGUGGCUUGAGUUCUAAAGGAAGACUUAAAUAGUGUGUCUUAUAUUGGUCCUCGACAUUUCUUUAAUUGAAAUAAGCCGCAUCCAUGAAUUCAUAAAAAAGAGUUUCAGGUUACAGUGCUAAUGAACCCAUUCUUUCUAUAAUUUAAUUCACAUAAACAGUUGGCUCAUAAAUGCUUUAGCCCUAGUAGCAUGCAUGAAUUUAGCACACUGAAUUCAGAAAUAAAAGAUCGUUACUAUUGAACAUUUUCUCAAUAUGUGUGUUAAAUUAAAUGCAUUUAUUGCUUGAAAUCUGCAAGAAUCAUUGUUUCAGAUCACAGAUUUAAGAUGUUCAUCUCAACAGUUUUAUGUAACAAAGAGUACAUUGAUAUUGCCAUAGUUCAAAAUCAAAGUGAUGUAUCAAUUACAAAUUUGUAGCUGAUAAGUACCAUCAAUUACAACCAAUGUUCCUGCAUUUCGCCCCUACAUGUAUGUGAUGUUAGACUGAAAUAGGCUUCUGUAGCAGUAAAACAAAGGGGGUAUUAUAUGAAUGAUGUCAGCAUUGACUAUCUUGGUGAAAUCCUUGAUAUUGAUUGGCGGAGAAGUACUAGACUCUGUUACUGUGGUAACUAUCAGAGAUUGGCAUUUGUCAGUGCCACAUGGUUGUCAGACAAAUGUAAGUUUGGAGACAAAAAUGAGAUUAGAACAUGUGUGAUACAUUUCAUCACUUCAACCGUUUGCCAUAUUGUAUUAUCUCAUUCCUGAAUUUUGACAUUGUGUAUAUUUUCUUUAUAUCAUCAUUAUGCAAUGAAAAUGAAGUGCAUUUUUUGUGGACAUAAUAAUCCCCCUUUUUUCCAAUUCUAAUCUGAUCAAGUUAUGAAAGAUGAACUUCAUUUUUAUAUUAUGAAAUUGCCUGUACCCCUUUUCAAAUUGUUUCAAUAUAAUUUUCUAUAAUUUUUGAAAUAUGAUUUUGUGUGUUUUGGUUAUCAAGCUCAUUUGGUCCAGAUUUAAUCUUUCAGAGUGACCUUUGAACUCCUGGUAUGACCUUUAGGAGGGUGUGAACUAAUUUAUGAAAUAGAUAAUUUAAAUCAUGUAUGCCCUGUAACAGACUUUCAAUAAUGAUAAUUUUUUUCAGCAGGAUAUACGUGUAUGCAUGUAAAUAUGUGUAAAUAUAUUAUACUGCUAUAAAUCUUUU